UUAGUUAAUAUAUCUUUCUGUACACUUUUUCGUGUCGGAAGGUAAAAUAUUUACAGUUAGAUGCUGAGCUUUCGGUCGAUAGUCCUAGCUGAGAAACGAAAAGAACGGUGAAGUGUGGCAGUAAACGCUGACUUUAGUUUACUCUCAUGGUUACACGUCGCUUUGACUCGGGUCAGUAAGGGACAAUCAAGAGUAUUAUUACCCCACAGCCCGAUAAAGUUUUUAAAAACGCUGUAUGCAUUUUGAAUAUUAUAAACAAGUUUAGACGCUUUUGAAACAGCAAAAUGAGUUUGAAAUCGGGCAAGAAAGAUACUAAAAUGAGAAUAAGAGCAUUUCCUAUGACUAUGGAUGAGAAAUAUGUACAAAACAUAUGGGCUCUUCUAAAAAAUGCUAUUCAGGAAAUUCAGAAAAAGAACAACAGUGGGUUGAGUUUUGAAGAGCUGUAUAGAAAUGCAUAUACAAUGGUGUUACAUAAACAUGGAGAAAGACUGUACACAGGACUAAGAGAGGUGGUCACGGAACAUCUAAUUAACAAGGUUCGAGAAGAUGUUCUUGCAGCCUUACACAAUAACUUCUUGCUCACAUUGAAUCAGGCGUGGAAUGAUCACCAAACUAGCAUGGUAAUGAUCAGGGACAUACUUAUGUACAUGGAUCGUGUAUAUGUGCAACAAAAUAAUGUAGACAAUGUGUACAAUUUGGGAUUAAUAAUUUUCCGUGAUCAAGUGGUUCGUUAUGGAUGCAUUAGGGACCAUUUAAGGGAAACUUUAUUAGAUAUGGUAAUGAGAGAAAGAAGAGGAGAAGUUGUAGAUAGGCUAGCAAUUAAAAAUGCAUGUCAAAUGCUAAUGGUUCUGGGUAUUGACUCAAGAUGCAUAUAUGAAGAAGACUUUGAAAAACCUUUUCUUGCACAAUCAGCUGAAUUCUACAGAAUGGAAAGUCAAGAGUUUCUUGCUGAAAAUAGUGCUUCUGUGUACAUCAAGAAGGUAGAACAACGCAUCAAUGAAGAAGCUGAACGUGCAAAGCAUUAUUUAGAUGAAUCUACAGAAGAAAAAAUAGUUCAAGUUGUAGAAAAGGAGCUUAUUACAGAACAUAUGAAAACAAUUGUAGAGAUGGAAAAUUCUGGAGUUGUGCAUAUGUUAAAAAACCAAAAAACAGAAGACUUGGGUCGCAUGUAUAAAUUAUUCAGCAGGGUACGAGAUGGAUUGAAGACCAUGGCUGAUUGUGUUAGCUCUUACUUGAGAGAACAAGGAAAAGCCCUUGUCACAGAAGAUGAAGGAGGCAAGGGAGAUGCUUUAACUUUUGUACAGAGCCUUUUAGAUCUCAAGGACAGGUUUGAUCACUUCUUACAUCACUCAUUUGGAAAUGACAGAUUUUUCAAGCAGAUGAUUGCAUCAGAUUUUGAGUACUUCUUAAACAUCAAUCCCAAGUCUCCAGAGUAUUUAUCUUUAUUUAUUGAUGACAAACUGAAGAAAGGUGUGAAGGGGAUGACAGAGCAAGAAAUAGAACAAGUGUUAGACAAAACUAUGGUGUUAUUUAGAUACCUCCAAGAAAAAGAUGUAUUUGAGAGAUAUUACAAACAGCAUUUAGCAAAGCGCCUUUUAUUAAAUAAAAGUGUGUCUGAUGAUUCUGAAAAAAAUAUGAUCUCUAAACUCAAGACUGAGUGUGGAUGUCAAUUUACUUCGAAGUUGGAAGGAAUGUUUAAAGACAUGUCUGUAUCUAAUACCAUGAUGGAAGAGUUCAAAACUCAUGUUCAAACUUGGGGUACUUGUUUGUAUGGGGUGGAUUUGAAUGUUAGAGUCCUAACUACUGGUUUUUGGCCAACGCAAGCUGCUACACCAAAGUGUAACAUUCCUAUCGCGCCUUGGAAAGCAUUUGAAGCCUUUCGAAUCAAAAGUGCUCUCUAUUUUGGGUUCAGCAGUGUGCUACAAGAGUUAUAUUCAAGUCCCACUGUUUGGUUAGAUGAGGAAAUAAUUAGUGAGACAGAUAUUCCUGAAAAAGAUCUCAUCCGAGCCCUCCAGUCUUUAGCUAUGGGUAAAGCAACUCAAAGAAUUCUAAUUAAAAACCCAAAGACAAAAGAUAUAGAACCAAUGCAUACAUUCACUGUAAAUGAUUCUUUCACAUCCAAACUCCACAGAGUAAAAAUUCAAGCAGUGGCAGCAAAAGGAGAAUCUGAACCCGAAAGGAAAGAGACAAGGUGUAAAGUAGAUGAAGAUAGAAAACAUGAGAUUGAAGCUGCUAUAGUGAGGAUAAUGAAGGCCAGAAAACGUUUACAACAUAACGUUUUAGUAGCUGAGGUCACUGAGCAGCUGAAGUCUCGGUUCUAUCCCAGUCCAGUUGUAAUUAAAAAGAGGAUUGAAGGUUUGAUAGAAAGAGAAUACUUAGCUAGGACACCUGAAGACAGGAAAAUGUACACCUACGUUGCUUGAAUAAAUUGUUUAACCAAGGAAACUGAUGGAAAUUUUCAGGACAAUAUAUUCCCUGGUAACCAGGGUAGGGACUACCUCCCAAUUCCAGCUAAAAAUGAUUUGGUUGAUAAUUUAGGAGUUGGCUUUACCUCAGUAUCCCUGUGGUCUAGCAGUUGUCUGAGCUAAGAUCCAACACAGAAUUGUUGAUGUAGUGAUUUAUUGUAAGACUCAAAUUUAGCCAAAAUGCAAACAGAUGUGACAAGUAGCUGGGAUGCAAGCAAAGUUGGACAUAGGGAUAUGUAGGUGUUGAGACAAAACUGUCCUCCAUCAUACUCCCAUUGUAAAAUACAUUCAUUACUACCUGUUGUUAAAUUACAGUACCAUUUGUUUCUUGUACAGAAGUGUGAAUGCAUUACUUGAGAAUUUUUUUUUUCAGUAAAGUGCAACAGUCAGGUAUGAACAAACUAUCAGUCUGGUCUGAGAAUCUCAAGAUUUGGCAAAUAAUAGAAGAAAAUUGUUAUUAGGUACAACCUUCUUAACUUUUAAAUAAUAUUAAGUAAUGUCAACAUAAAUAAAUAAAAGAUUUAAGGUUCUCUGAACUGCUUUUUUAGUUUAUUUUUGCAACAUAGAACAGUAUGGUAAAUACUGAAAUAAUUUUAUCUCAUGUCAAAAUUUUCUGGCAGAGCUUGCGAGUUUCUAAAUUAAGUUCUUAAGAAAAUUGUUAAUUUUCUAGUAUCUGUGGCUUGUAUGUUUCAAUUAUUUAAUCAGAAACUUUAUCUUACAAACGUUUUUUUUUUGUUGUAACAUCACCCCCUUUGAAAGCUCCCUAACUUUAUAAGUGUUCAGGCUUGAAUCGGUACCAUUUGUUUCUUGUACAGAGAUGUGAGUGCAUUACUUGAGAAGUUUUUUUUGUUAAAGUGCAACUGAUCAGGUGUGAACAAAACUAUCAGUCUGGUCUGAGAAUAUCCAGACUUGCAAAAUAAUAAAAUAAAGUGGAAAGAAGUAAAAGAAGUUUUCUUGUUAUUAAGUACAACUCCUUAACUUUUCAAUAAUAUUAAGUCAUUUCAUCAUAAAUAAGUAAAACAUUUAAGGUUCUCUGAGCUGCUUUCUUAAAUUAUACUUAUAACAUAGAACAGUAUGAUAAAUACUGAAAUAAUCUUGUCAUGUCAAAAUUUUCAAGCAGGACUUGUGACAGUUUCGAAAUUAAGGUUUUUAUGAAAAUUAUUAAUAUACUAGUAUCUGUGGCAUGUAUGUUUAAAUUAUCAGAAACUUUUUUUUUUACAUGACAACUGUUGCACCCUAAGAAAGCUUUCUAACUUUAUAAGUGUUCAGACUUGAAUUAGUAAGACUAAGAAAUAAAAUGAUUUGAAACCCUC